AUGCAUGAGGUUUCCCUUGGUGUAUCAGAAAAACCUAAUGGUCUCAAAGUUGAGUGGUUUGAGUGGAAGCUGGGAAAUGAGGACAACUAUUUUAUUUUUAGCAUAGCUGCUCUGGAAGAAGAUGAUGACGAUGAUGAUGACGACGGCGAAGAGUGUGAAGGGCGGAAAAGGCUUCAAGUGAGCGCACACCAGGCAUCACACACCAACUACCUACUGAUGCGGGGAUACUCCUAUCCAGGAAUUGUUAAAUUGCGUAAUCUCAACACGAAUGAUAACAUUGUGGUUGAGUCGUGCAUCAUGAAUCUGAAACUACGAGACACUCCGGCUCACCAUUUCUUCAGUGAUCAGAAUUUUCCACCACUAGAUUUAACUAAAUACGGUCCCUCGCUGCUGCCCCCUGUCCUCACCCGUAACAUCCUCUCGCCAUCCUCUUCUCCACCCACUGCGGAGGAAUGUGAGAGACGCUUGAUCCAGGAUGGAGGAUACACGGCUCAGGACAUUGAGGCGUGUGCUCAAAUCAGGAGGAGUUUACAGGAAGCUGGAGAAAAAGGUUUGGAUGCAAGAGACCUGCACAGGUCUCAUGUCCACCUGCUGGAGCCGCAGUCUGGACGCACGAGGAGCCUGCAGCAGUACCUGCAGGACCUGCAGGUAGAAGGCCAGGUAGUCCAAGUCGGGAGUAUGGGUGUCCGCUGGGUCCUCAUGGAGCAUGCCGAGCCGUGGCUCCUGACUGUGAACUGCAAGCAAAUCCCUCGGUCUCUCCUGACGGGCAACAGACACUCAUACCUGAGGACUCAUCACAACAUUCCUUUUGCACGCAAGAGGUGCAGCACAGAAGUUCAGCGGGAGGGAGUGGGGCCGCCUGCGAAAAGGCUAGCUAAAGACAGAGAAAAAGAGACGGACAAAGAAACAGUGGAUGGAUCUCCAGGUGAGGUAACUGAGAAACCGAAUGAAGACCAACAGCCAGAACAGCAGAACGAGAAGGUUGAUGAAGGAAGUGGAGAUAAAUCCAUGAAUUUGGAAGAGGGGAAACAAGCGCAGCCUGAACAUGAUGGACAGAAGAAAUUGGAAACUGAGCAAGGACAAAGUAGACCAAAAAGAACCAGAAAAUGCAAAUUUAGUGAUGAAAAAGAUCAAGAGUCAUUCUUUCUGCAAUCAGGAUCAUCUGAUGCUGAGGAGAAACUGAGUUUCAUCAGCAGGCCGUGGCGCUUCAUUGAUGGGAAGGUUAACCGGUCGGUGUGUAAAGGGAUCUUGGAGGCCGUUCUGUAUCACAUCAUGUCUCGGCCAGGGCUCACUCAGCAGGCCCUGCUGGGACAUUAUAAAGACACUCUGCAGCCUCUGGCAGUGCUAGAGAUGGUUCAGGCACUCAUAGAUAUUGGUUGUGUAACGAAGAGAACUUUAGUUAAACAGCCCAAACCGUCACUAUUCAGCCGCUCUGCACCAACGGACAGUGGGACUUCAGGGGUGACAGAGGAACCAGACACUGUGUUUUAUGAGCCCACCAUCAGCUGCUGCCUGCGGCUCUGUCGGGUGCUGCCCAACGACCGACACUGGAACGAGUGCUGAACCUGAAUCUGUGGAUCUUUCUCGCUCACAAGGCUCCGCCUCCUUUCUUGAUUUUUUUUUUUUUUUUUUUUUUUGUAAAUUAGGCCAAGAUUCUAGUAGAAAAAACAAAUUUCUAUGAAAGAUUUUCUUUUGGUGUGUCAAUAUUAUGUCCCACUGUUUUUUUUUUCAUUUAAGAUUUUAAAUAAAGAUUUGUUUC